GUAUGGAAAUUACGGCUAAGGGAUCACAUGAAAGAAGAGCAUAAUAUUAGCGGCUAUUCCACUGAGAAGAAGAGGGCAGAGUUGUCCUGCACUUGGCCUGACUGUGGCCUCUCAUUCAGAUCCCAAGCGGCUCUCGACAAGCACUACGGGGGACAUACCGGUGAUCUGCCCUUCAAGUGCCAGUGGCCGGGAUGUGAUCAACAAUACGACAAACCGUCGCGACUGGACGGACACAUGACAAUGCAUACGGGAGAGAAGCCAUACGAGUGUGAUUGGCCCGAAUGUGGCAAAUCAUUUCGACACUUAUCCACACUUCGAUGCCAUAGUUUUACUCAUAACAGAGACACUCCUCGAAAGCAUGUCUGCUAUUAUCCCGGAUGUGAGAAAUCAUUUAUCUGUCCCUCAAAGCUAACGGAACACGUGUUCAGCACCCAUAAGAAGGACGAGAAGCCAUUCAAAUGCCAUCACGAGGGCUGCAAAUCCACGUUCAUAUCCAAGAAGAAUAUGAGAUUACGUAAAGAUACACGCGUCGACGCGGCCCCGAUUCUGGUGCUCCAUAACGGGGUGUAA